CUCUUCCAUUCCCACCAUCCAUCCCACCAUCCAUCCCCCCUCCAUGCGCCCCUCCGACUUCUGGGUGCGACCGGGCUCCCGCAAGGCGCUAUGGCUGGCCCUGGCGGCGGUGUGCCUGGUGUGCACCCUCGUGGUGGCGUUCUAUGAGGUUGAGCCCGCCUCGUGGGGCUCCUUAGUCGACGGAACCCGUCCGCUGCAAGAGCUUCAGGAUCACAACAUUGACGACCCCCACAACUCCGACUCGCCCUCCAAUUUCCCGUCCAAUUCCGCUGCUGUCAAUAAUCCGACGACGUCCUCUGUCCCUCUCACCACCCCGGCCGAGACAGGGGAAGCCAGCGACCGGCGGUGCCGCGGCGCCUUUGCCGAUCCCGGGAAUGUUCUGCUGGUGAUCAAAACCGGCGCUACCGAGAUUUACGAAAAGCUCCCCACCCAGCUGCUCACCACCCUGGGCUGCUCCGAAAAUUACCUCAUCUUCUCCGACCUCGACGAACAGAUCGGCCCCUACCACAUCCAGGAUGCCCUGGCCAAUUUCACCCAGUCGCUGAAGGACACCCUGCCCGACUUCCACCUCUACCUCAAGCAGCAGGAUUAUCGCCGCACGGGCCAGGACAUCGCUAAACUCAAAAAGGACGGCCAUGACGCCUGGACCCUGGACAAGUACAAGUUCCUGCACAUGGUCGAGAUGGCCUGGAACGAGCGCCCCGACAUGGACUGGUACGUCUUCAUCGAGCCAGACACCUACCUGGUGUGGAGCAACAUGCUGCUCUGGCUGCAGACCCUGUCGCCCCAGGACGAGCUGUACAUGGGCUCCGUCGCCUAUGUCAUCUCCGAGCCGUUCGCCCACGGCGGGAGCGGCUAUGUCAUCUCCGGCCAGCUGCUGAAGCGCUUCGUCGGCGAGAAUCCGGGCAUGGCCAAUCGCUAUGACGAGGUGUUCACGCGCGAGUGCUGUGGUGAUUUCGUGCUGGCGCGCACGAUCAAGCAGGAGAUCAACGUGGGGGUGCAGAACUUCUGGCCGCAGAUCAACGGCGAGAAGCCGGCCACGCUGCCGUUCGGGCCGACGCAUUGGUGCCAGCCGGUGGUGACCAUGCAUCACGUAGAACCCCGGGAGCGCAGCACGAUUUUCGACUUUGAGCAGGCGCGGGAGAACAUCUCGGAACCGCUGCUCUUCCGGGAACUGUCGGAGAUCGCAUUCCCCUCGGACGACAUGCCCACGGAGGAGAAAGACUGGGACAACCUGUCCAACGUCCAGCUGCGGUUCCCCGGGGACAUCACCCCCACGCUGGAGCAAUGCCGCGACAGCUGCCUCACCAUGGAGGCGUGCUUCCAGUACCGGUACAACGGCGAAGAAUGUCACGUACUGACGGAUGCAUUCAAGCGGGGGGCGAAGCGCGAAGACGACGGCAAGCAGUGGGUGUCCGGCUGGAACGUGCGCAAGAUCCAGGACUGGCGCGACAGCCACCCCUGCGAGACGCCCGAAUGGGUGCAUGCGCAUUAGAAGCGCUUUGGAACGUGUCUGCUGGCAGACGAGCAUCUAUUCCCAUCGGAAACCAUGGCCUGGAUAACCAACAUUAUGUCUACUAAUCAUGCAUCCACUAUACUGUACAUAUCACAUACCUAUACAUGC